UCCUCUUUGCUCAUGAGCUUCUCCACAAGGGAAGAUUUGGGUACACUUGUGUUCGCCAGUACUGAUCUGCUGUUCCAUUUCUCCGAUCCGAUUUCGCCACUCUGAAUCUCCGUCUGCUAGGGUUUUCCCUCUGAGAGCCGAUGAGACGUUUUGCUCUGCCUGCUCUGCUUCUUUUUCUAACUUUGGCGUUGCUGCAGGACCUCUGCUUCGCCCAAGUCAACGGCACGUUCUUACGCGAGACCUUCAACGAGACGUUUGAGGGGCGAAGCGUCGUCUUUGAGAAAGAGGACUACCGAGGACAUUCAAAAGAUUCUGAAAAACUCUUCAAAGAACCUUGAAAGUGAAAUGAUUCGAACAGUGGGACCAGAGGGUUUCACUGCUGCAAAUUCAAGUAGCUUGAGAGGUAUGGUGAAUUCACCAAAAUCCUGGGGCUACAACUUUGCUGCCGUAAUUUUUGAGGGCUAACUCUUUUGGUUUGAAUGUGACAGCAAUGGGAAAUCAUAUUUGAGCGAGUGAGGGGGUUAAAGAGAAAAGAGAGGAAGAACUUGAUAGAGCCCAUCGGGGCAAGAGGCCUGCAACUGCUUACGCUACUCCAAGUCAUCCCCAAUUGAUGGGCUUAUGAACCAUGGUCAGUCAGUGGCUGCACUAGCUACUCAAGGACCUCUGUUGUCAACCGACAAAGGUACACAAAUACAAAUGAGGGGGGCUACUCAUGAUAGGGAGGCCUCCACCUCAUCAUGAUCUUGGACUAGGGAGCAAGCAAGAAGUUAGCAUGUGCGAUUUUGUGAAGGAAGCUGCAGCUGCUUGUAUUCAUGCUAACCGCAAACUCAAGGAAAAGAUGAAAGAAGUUCACAACUUGAACAAACAAGUGAAGGGGGAGGAGGAGGUGUAUAACAAACUCCAGGCUGAACUGGCAGAGAAGAAUAAGAUUUCCAAGGAUGCGCGUGAGUUAGAGACGAUCGAAUUCCAACCAAGGGUCACAGCAUUGAUCGUCUCUAACUCACGCGCAUCCUUGGAAAUCUUAUUCUUCUCUGCCAAUUCAGCCUGGAGCUUGUUAUACACCUCCUCCUCCCCCUUCACUUUUUUGUUCAAGUUGUGAACUUCUUUCAUCUUUUCCUUGAGUUUGCGCUUAAGCUAUUAAUAGGCUCCAUUCAUUGGGGGUUAUAGCACUUUUCAAAUUGUGAUUCAUUGCAAUGUGGAUCUAGCCAAUCUCUUGGAGAACCCUUCUGCAUGUUGGCACUUACUCGUCCACCCCCCACAAGUUCCCUCAAAUUUUCCACCUUAUUCUCCCUUCCUGUCCCACUGAUCCUCCUAUCAGCUUCC